AUGGGUCAGUCGCAUUCCAAGGGCAAUUCCGGCCCUGGCGAUUCUCUGCAAUCCUAUCCAUCCUUCUCUCGCUCCGAAACCAAGGAGUCUCUCCGUUCCCUCCGUGGCUCAAUCAAGUCCAAGAUCCGUAGCAGCGACAGUCCCCGAGGAUCAACUGCAGGUUUGGCAGAUGACAAGUCUGAUGCAGGAUCAAUCAAGUCGACAACUAGCAGACGCAGUUCCACCAACCCAAAUGCCCAGUCGACUGAUGAUAUCGCUUCGCAAAUCGAUGCUCCCGAGCCACCUCCCUCACCCUCCCUGUCGAACAGCUUAAAACGGGGUCAUAAAGAUGUCACUGCGAUGCAGCAGAGUGGCGAAGUCGACCAUGUGUCCGAUGUGCCUCCCACCGGUGCUGCGCUGUCGGCACCGUCAUCGCACAAAGUCGGCGAGUCGAUUCUCAUCAAGCGGGAGAAUCAAUUGAAUCCGAUUUUGGACUUCAUCAUGAAUCCUCCUGUCGAGACAUCGGGGUCUCCGGGUAUGGGAAUGGGUGCAUUGAAGUCCAUCGAUCUGGAUGACAUGAUCUCACGCCUCCUCGAUGCUGGCUAUUCCACCAAGGUCACGAAGACCGUGUGCCUCAAAAAUGCCGAGAUCAUGGCGAUCUGUUCUGCAGCACGAGAGCUUUUUCUCUCCCAGCCUGCCUUGCUUGAGCUGUCAGCCCCCGUAAAAAUUGUCGGAGAUGUCCAUGGUCAAUAUACGGAUCUGAUCAGACUCUUCGAGAUGUGCGGGUUUCCACCUGCUUCAAACUAUCUCUUCUUGGGCGACUAUGUCGACCGCGGCAAGCAGAGCUUGGAGACAAUUCUCCUCCUCCUUUGUUACAAGCUCAAGUUCCCUGAGAACUUCUUCCUUCUCCGUGGCAACCAUGAAUGUGCCAAUGUCACGCGUGUUUAUGGAUUCUAUGACGAGUGUAAGCGGCGGUGCAACAUCAAAAUCUGGAAGACCUUCAUUGAUACUUUCAACUGCCUUCCCAUUGCUGCUACUGUUGCUGGCAAGAUUUUCUGUGUGCAUGGUGGACUUUCGCCCAGUCUCUCUCAUAUGGAUGAUAUCCGGGGCAUCGCCAGGCCAACCGAUGUUCCCGACUACGGUUUGCUGAAUGAUCUUUUGUGGAGUGACCCGGCAGACAUGGAAGAAGACUGGGAACCCAAUGAACGGGGUGUCAGCUAUUGCUUCGGGAAGAAGGUGAUCAUGAACUUCCUGCAGCGCCAUGACUUUGAUUUGGUCUGCCGCGCGCACAUGGUGGUCGAGGACGGGUACGAAUUUUAUCAAGACCGUAUCUUGGUGACAGUCUUUUCAGCACCUAACUACUGUGGCGAAUUCGAUAACUGGGGCGCCAUUAUGUCGGUUUCCGGGGAGUUACUCUGUAGCUUCGAGCUACUGAAACCACUCGACUCCACGGCCCUGAAGAACCAUAUUAAGAAGGGCAGGAAAGAGCGGAAUAGCAUGCUAGCCAGUCCUCCCGCUCAUGUGUCGGCGCAAAGUUAUUAA